AUGCUCGCUAUGAAAAAUAUCCUUCUCCUCGCCCUCGUCUACACCCUCGCAGCCCACGCCGCAGACUCCCUCGUCGUGCUCACGCGCCCGUUCCAGCUCGCAGGCGGCACCGCGGCCAACAACAUCAAACUAAUCUUCACCUCCCCCGCCGACACCUACCUCGUCUCCCGCAGCCUCUCGUCCUCCUCCGGCUUCAGCCAGAUCGCAAACACGACCUCGUACACGUACGAUGACUACGCGCUCAAGAAGAGCACGACGUAUUUCUACAAAGUCGUCGGCGUGAACGGGACCGAGACCGUGCUUGAGAGCGACGUGGUCAGCAGCACGACGUACGCGCUCGCGGAUGGGGGCAAUCCGCAGGUGUACGACAACACGUUCCUCUACUCGACGCUCAACAACACCGGUAGUCUGCUCGUCGACGGCGUGUACUACAAGUACGUGUACGAAUCCGACGACGAUGGAUUCCUGCGGUUUUACCAGCAGACCUCGACCGACGGCUACUCGUUCUCGGGCAACAAGACCGUGAUGGAGCGCGACGUUGUUUGCGCGUCCGUGAACGCGACGACGCCGGGGCUGUGCAAGAUCGAGCGGCAGACGUUCAAGCUCCACCCGUUAACCGGCAAGAUCGUGUUCUGGGGCCAUUUCGAGAACGAGGCCGAUUACGCGCUCGGGGAGUUGUGUGUCGCGGAGGCGACGCCGGGUGAGGAAUUCGAUUUCCUCGGUGCGUUUAGACCGCUCGGGUAUGACUCGCGGGAUUUCACCUUCUUUGGCGAGGAGGACGGGUCGGCGGGGUAUAUCCUCUCCGCGACGGAUACAAACACAAACAUGAACGUGUACUCGCUGACCGCGAACUGGACCGACAUCGACGAGCUGCUGACUACGGUGCUGGUGUCUCAGUACCGCGAGGCUCCCGCCGUCGAGAAGAUUGAUGGGUAUUACUACCUGUUCACGUCCAACUCUGCAGGGUGGUACCCUUCCGCGGCGAACUACAUUUCCGCGACCGACAUGGCCGGCCCCUGGAGCGACACGCGCGCGAUCGGCGACUUGUUCACGUUCGGCACGCAGUCCGGGGCCGUGAACAAGAUCGGCGGGCAAUACGUGAUGAAAGCGGAUCGAUGGGGCGCGAACUUUGACGGCGAGGCCGUCAACUCUGAGCGGUUGGCGCCGAUCGUGUUUGGACAAGGGUUCGCGAGCUAUGAGUUUUACCAUGCGAUUUUGUAUAACCCUGAAGAAAGCGGCGCGAGUUCGGUGGUUGCGGUGCAGGCGGGGAAGGUUCUGUCGAUCGGGGCGAGUGUGAAUGCGACGGCGGCGUCGAGCGAUAGCUAUGCGGCCGGGUUGGCGGUGGACGGGAUCAAGACCGUGUACACAAACUACUACGUCCCCUCCGCGGUCCCGUUCUACUACACGAUCGAUCUCGGCGCGGAGGCGGUGCUCAGCCAAAUCGAUCUGCUGACGCGGAUCGUCAAGGGCUCGGAGACGUACUACACCUACACCGUCUCCGGCAGCACCGACGGCGAGAGUUAUACUGUGAUUGCAGACAACACCGACAACGAGGCGGUCGGCUUCGUCGUGAACUUGAUCACGGACCUCAAUUCGUACCGAUACGUGCGUUUCGACGUCGACGGCAUCAUCAACGCGCAUAACGGGAACUCCGCGACCUGGGCGGCGGGAAUCAACGAGAUCACCGUGUACGGCACGAAAACCACACAGACCGCCGCUCUCGACGCCGUCGUUUCCGCGUCCGUCGCAAGCGGCUUGUACGAUGACGACUUCACCGUCGAGUUGAGCACGAACGCGACGGGCAGCGGGACGACGAUAUACUACAGCACCGACCUAGCGACGCCGAAGAGCGGGUGCGGGACAAAGUACACGGGCGCGAUUAGUGUGAAGAAGAGUACGGAUUUGAAGGCGGUGGCGUAUAGUAAGGCGGGGAAGAUUGUGAGUCGGUUGUUGAUUGCGGAUUAUGCUGUUAGUCAGGAUGCGAAGGAUGAUAAUGCGUAG